GGUGGACGCUCUCGCCCUUCCUCUCGCCUGCUCCUCCUCUCCCUUGCCAGGGGAAGGGCGGAGGUUGAUGUUGCUUCUGCGUAAAGAUGGCGGCGGCGAGGAGGAGUCUCCUGCAGAGCGAGCAGCAACCAAAUUGGACAGAUGACUUGCCUCUCUGCCAGCUCUCCGGUGUGGGUUCAGCUCCUAACCGUUCCUAUACCACAGAUGGAAAGGGGACAGAAAUUCACCCCUUAGAGGAUAACUGGCUGAAAUUCAGGAGUGAAAAUGACUGCUACCUCUAUGGGGUCUUCAAUGGUUAUGAUGGCAACCGGAUCACCAAUUUUGUGGGGGAAAGACUCUCUGCAGAGCUCAUGUUGGGUCAGCUGAAUGCAGACCAUGAUGAUGCUGAUGUGCGCAGAAUACUGCUGCAGGCUUUUGAUGUGGUGGAAAGGAGUUUCCUGGAGUCCAUUGAUGAUGCACUAGCAGAGAAGGCCAGCCUCCAGUCCCAGCUGCCAGAGGGGGUGCCCCAUCACCAGCUGCCUUCCCAGUACCAGAAAAUCAUGGAACGGUUGAAGGCUGUAGAAAAGGAGAUUUCUGGAGGUGCCAUGGCUAUUGUGGCAGUCAUCCUCAACAACAAGCUCUACAUCGCCAAUGUAGGAACAAACCGGGCACUCUUGUGCAAAUCUACAGUAGACGGGUUGCAAGUGACACAACUCAACAUGGACCACACCACAGAGAAUGACGAUGAGCUCUUCCGCUUUUCGCAGCUGGGUUUGGAUGCAGCAAAAAUAAAACAAGUAGGAACCAUAUGCGGGCAGGAGAGUACCCGGCGCAUCGGGGAUUAUAAAGUCAAAUAUGGCUAUAGUGAUAUUGAACUGCUGAGUGCUGCGAAAUCUAAGCCAAUCAUAGCAGAGCCUGAAAUCCACGGAGGGCACCCACUCGAUGGAGUCACGGGCUUUCUGGUUCUAAUGUCAGAAGGGCUCUACAAAGCUCUGGAAGCAGCUCAUGGGCCUGGGCAAGCCAAUCAGGAGAUUGCAGCCAUGAUUGCCACAGAGUUUGCCAAACAAAGCUCACUGGAUUCCGUGGCUCAAGCAGUCGUGGAUCGAGUGAAGCGCAUUCACUGUGACACAUAUGCCAGUGGUGGGGAACGGUCCAAGUUCUGUGCUCGGCAUGAGGACAUGUCGUUGCUGGUGAGGAAUUUCGGGUACCCGCUGGGUGAGAUGAGCCAGCCCACACUGACUCCGACGCAAGGAGGUCGCGUUUAUCCUGUGUCAGUGCCGUACUCCAGUGCCCAGAACACAAGCAAGACCAGUGUUACGCUAUCCCUUGUCAUGCCAUCCCAGGGACAGAUGGUCAAUGGCGCCCACAGUAGCUCCACGUUGGAUGAAGCCACGCCCACCCUCACAAAUCAAAGCCCAACAGUGACCCUCCAGUCUACCAACACUCACACCCAGAGUAGUAGCUCCAGCUCAGAUGGGGGCCUCUUCCGUUCUCGCCCUUCCCACUCCCUCCAGCCAGAUGAAGAUGGGCGUGUGGAGCCCUACGUGGACUUUGCAGAAUUCUACCGCCUCUGGAACAUGGACCACAGUGAGCAGGGAGCACUCACUGUGCAAUAAUGCGCCGAGACCAAUCCCUCCAAACCCCUGUCAGGUUGGGGAGAAUGGAGCCUGGCAAGGCAGGAACAGUUCACCGCCCGACAGCCCACCGUCUGCCAUUAAGGGAUGAGGUUAAUGCUGGGACUGGUCGCUCAUAGCAUUUGUUUCUCAUCAACUUGUCAGGGCAUGUUAACACGCCCCUUUUCUAAAGGUCCCUUCCACUGUGAAACCUUGUGGGCAUUAGAGAGAGUUGUGACCAACCUCCUGCACCUCCAGUAUUACAGACAGUUGCUCUGUUGCAGAGAAGAUGACAACUCAGAUGUCUGGCAGGAGAGGUUCGUGUGCAUAUAAGCUGCUGCUGGAGAUUUAGGUGUGCCUCAUGAUACUGAUGUGUUAAGUCGAUGAAAUACCUCUGUUCUGCAGAAUAAAUGGUAACUUAUAGCAAA